AUGGUUGCGCAGAAACACAUUUUCAUGCAUCUCUGCGUCUUCUUACAUGCGCCGAUAACCUUUGUUCGAGAGAGAUUUUUGCGUUUCGAAUCUUUCGACGAAGAGGAAUAUUUUCAAAGUUUUAACUUACUUCAUUCACCCGUGAGACGCGUUGCAAUGUUGAGAACUUUGAAUAAAACAAUAAUCACCGCUCAACCGGCGCGUAAAUUUUUCAAAAAUUUUUUCAAACGAGAGUCGAAGAUUAUAUCACAGAAGAAAGGCGUGAAAACAUCUUUUGGAAAGUACGACGUUGUCGAGCCAUGGCCAACUGUCUCUGAAAGAAAGAAUGUACCCUCUUACAUCCCGAAACCGUCUUACGCAGAAUCGUCAGUUCCUUGUAACGGACCGAAGGAAGCAGAAAUCAAAGAUAAAAAUCAAAUAGAAUGCAUGAGGCACAGCUGUAUUUUAGCUAAGCAAAUAUUAGGCGAAGUUCGACAUUUCUUAAAGGUUGGUUUUACAACCGAUCAGUUGGACACUAAGCUUCAUCAAUUGAUUAUUGACAAUGGAGCUUAUCCCAGUCCUUUGAAUUAUCGAGGUUUCCCAAAGUCAAUUUGUACAAGCAUAAAUAACGUUGCUUGUCACGGAAUCCCGGACAGUAGACCUUUGCACAAUGGCGAUAUACUUAACGUCGAUAUAACGGUAUUUCUCAACGGGUACCAUGGCGAUUGUUCUGCAAUGUUCAAGGUAGGCGAAGUUGAUGAAGCAGCUUGCCAAUUGAUCGAUGCAACAGAAACAUGCCUGGCUAAAGCUAUUUCUAUAUGUAAACCGAAUGAGAAUUUCUCUUCCAUUGGUCAGAUUAUUGAAGAAACAGCAGAAAAACAUGGCUUCGGAAUUGUUCCCGCUUUUGCAGGCCAUGGAAUCGGCAACUACUUCCAUGGACCUCCAGACAUUUGCCACUUCAAAAACCAUGAACCUGGAAAGAUGCAGACUGGAAUGACAUUUACAAUUGAACCUGUACUAACACAAGGUGGACCUGACGUAGAAAUUCUGGAGGAUGGUUGGACGGCAGUAACCACAGACAAUGCGCGUACUGCUCAAGCAGAACACACCAUUCUUAUUACUGAUAGAGGGUGUGAAAUUCUGACUCAAUAGAUAUAUGAGAGUUUGUAAAUAAUAUUAAAAUUAAAUACAUCAUGUGCGUGUGUAAAUAGAUGUGAACCAUAUAAAUAAACAAAUUUUGAAUUUUAUUUUAUUACUGAUACAAAAGAAUCAAUUUUCACGGAGCUGCGCUAAUAGUUCAAUUCUGUGAUAGAACGUUUGAAAACACAUUCGACACUAUUACCACAUUCACCGCAGUGUUAUGCAAUUAUUUGUUAUUCUCUCAUAUUCUGCACCAUGUUUAACCAAUCAUGUGAGCAAGCUCCCAGUUGCUCUCCAGUGUUAGCGGUCCCCUAAUCUCUAUUCCUUCUGUACUUAUGAUUCCAA